UGCAAAAACUCCACACUCCAGAAAAAAAAAGGGGAGUUGGGGACUAAGUCCCUGAUCACUGUUGUGACAGUGCUCACAUGGAAGAUACUCUAAAGGCUUAUGGCCUCAAAUACCCAACUCCUGGCUUCCUUGCUCAUUAAAAUCAUGUUAUUGUAACCUGUAUUAGGCUACAGAGAGAAAGUCAGGGACAGGGGAAACAAAAUGAUCAGAUCUAUAGAGGAGAUUCCUGCUCUACGAAUCCACUAAGGUACAUGUAUGAGGACCUAAACCAAGAACACAUUAAUGAGUGUACUGUAGUGUUAUCUAACAAUAUUAUGACCAGCAUCUUGAAAUUUCACCACGAAACUGGUAGUUCCAUUUCUUAGGGGAAGGGAAGAGGAGGCAGUCGUAAAUUAUAAAAUUUCUUUAAUUUCAAGGCAAUGAAAGAAAACUGUAAAGUUUGUCCGUGGUCUACGCAGCCCAACAAUUCCAGACUACUUUUGGUUUAUUUAUUUGGUCGUUCUACCUUGAGAAUUCCAAUCCUUUCCCACUUCUUUUCGAUGUUACUUUUACUCUUCUUCCCCAGUAAGAAAAAAGUAUCCACGCAGUAAACGCGUCACUAACAGUAGCUGAAACAAGUCUACAGCAAGACCUUGCUCCUUUGCUGGGACUGGACUAUUCUGUCCUCCCAUUUUCUGUUGGUCGAAAUCAUCUGAGUCCUGCGAGGUAUGGCCCAAAUGGCACCUCUUCAUGAGAUGUCCUACAAACCUAUCGACCAGAUGUGCUCAAGGCCUUCCCACUGGAGAGCUCAGUCGAUUGCUCCGCAGCGACCCUAUCCAGGUUGAUGUUUCUAUGUUUUGUUUCACCAAAGCGCGAUCUUCUAAGGCCGAGAAAACUGAACUUCUUUCUUGUGAGGAUGACAAAAGCUAGGGCCGGGGCCUUGAGGUAACCCCCGAGUCGCGUGACACAAUCAUUGAACAGUCAAGGCGACGUCUGGGCAGAGCCAACUAACCCAGGCCUCCGAGGCAGGUGCUAAUUGGCUCUUUAGACCUGAAGCUGAGAAAAGACAGAACCCGCUCCCACCCGGAUCCGGGAGGCGGCUCAGAGUACUUCCGCCUUAGGAAAAAAAAUGUCAUUACCGGUCGAGCUUCCGGCUCCACUUGGGAGGCCGCAAGACCUUUUAUCCUAGUUGGCCGUGAUCCGCGUACCCCACCCGGCCGCUCCCUCGGGCUUCUCCACACCCCGGGGCGCGGUUUGCACGUCGCGAGGGUGUGACCGUGACGCCGUGACGUCACCUCAGAGAACCGGGUCCUGAAAGGUUUUAGCGCUCCGGAGGAACAGCGAGUCAAGCUCCUCGGAGGCGGGACUAAAGUAUGACUGACAUCCACACGUCCCAGUUGCCGUUUUCAUGCUUCCUCAAAUCAACCAAUGAAGGCAAAGCAGAGCGGCAACGCCCCCCCCCCGACCCGCUAGAGGAAGCUCUGCUCCCUCGGUUUGGCAUUCGGUGGCCGCCAUGCUUGGUGUGGCUCCUCGUUCUGAGGCAGUUUGCUCUCUUUUGGCUUUCAGAAGCCCUUCGUGAACUCCUCUACGAGCAGUAUUUUCCAUCUAAAAAUCGACUUCUACUCUCUCCGGCUCCCUUCUCGCUCGCCUCUUGUUCAGCCACACUCAAGAUGGCGGCCAGAGGCGGCGGGCCGCGGCUGGGUUUCCCCGGCGUGGUGACGUCAGCGCGCUGCGUGUCGGCAGGUGGAGGGAGAAGGGAAAGUUUGGCCCGUGCUUGGGGUUCGGGUGGAGGGCGGGACGGAGGGGCAGGGCCGGGAAGAAGCUCUCUUCGCGGUGCCGCGGAGGCUGAGGCCGGCUCGUGGGCUGGGCCGGGGACUGCGGGACACGGAGCCGCAGGAGGCGAGUUCGGCCGCAGCCGCGCGUCCCCGCCUCGGGCCCGCGCUUGACCCGCGCGCCCCGGCGUUGUGCGCCCCAAGGCUGGGCCAAGCGGCGGGUUGGGGGCGGCUGGGCGUGGGGAGGCGCGCGGCGAGGUGACCCGAGAGCCCCAAGCGUGAGAAGCACGGAGCCAGGCGCUGCAGCCGUCAUGUCCGAGGACUCGAGCGCCCUGCCCUGGUCCAUCAACAGGGACGACUACGAGCUGCAGGAGGUGAUCGGGAGUGGAGCAACUGCUGUGGUCCAAGCAGCUUACUGUGCCCCCAAAAAGGAGAGAGUGGCAAUCAAACGGAUAAACCUGGAGAAGUGUCAGACGAGCAUGGAUGAGCUCCUGAAAGAAAUCCAAGCUAUGAGUCAAUGCCAUCAUCCUAACAUUGUGUCUUACUACACAUCCUUUGUGGUAAAAGAUGAGCUGUGGCUGGUCAUGAAGCUGCUAAGUGGAGGUUCCGUUCUGGAUAUUAUUAAACACAUUGUGGCAAAGGGGGAACAUAAGGGCGGAGUUUUGGAUGAGUCGACCAUCGCUACAAUCCUCCGAGAAGUCUUAGAAGGACUGGAGUACCUGCACAAGAACGGGCAGAUCCACAGAGAUGUGAAAGCUGGGAACAUUCUUCUAGGAGAAGACGGCUCUGUGCAGAUUGCAGAUUUCGGUGUUAGUGCUUUUUUAGCCACUGGUGGUGACAUUACCAGAAAUAAAGUAAGAAAGACGUUUGUUGGCACCCCGUGCUGGAUGGCACCUGAAGUUAUGGAGCAGGUUCGAGGUUAUGAUUUUAAAGCUGAUAUCUGGAGUUUUGGAAUCACAGCGAUUGAACUAGCCACAGGGGCAGCUCCUUAUCAUAAAUAUCCUCCAAUGAAGGUUUUAAUGCUGACACUCCAGAACGAUCCUCCUUCUUUGGAUACUGGUGUUCAAGAUAAAGAAAUGCUGAAAAAAUAUGGAAAAUCAUUUAGAAAAAUGAUUUCAUUGUGCCUUCAAAAGGAUCCAGAAAAAAGACCAACAGCAGCAGAACUGUUGAGGCACAAGUUUUUCCAGAAGGCAAAGAAUAAAGAAUUUCUUCAAGAAAAAAUACUACAGAGAGCACCUACCAUCUCUGAAAGAUCUAAAAAGGUCCGGAGAGUGCCCGGCUCCAGCGGCCGUCUCCAUAAGACAGAGGAUGGAGGCUGGGAGUGGAGCGACGAUGAGUUUGAUGAGGAGAGCGAGGAAGGGAAAGCUGCGAUUUCUCAGCUCAGGUCUCCCCGAGUAAAAGACUCAUUGUCAAAUUCUGAGCUCUUCUCGGCCGCUGAUCCCAUGGGGACUUUGCUUCAAGUUCCAGAACAAAUUUCUGCACAUCUACCUCAGCCAGCUAGCCAGAUGCCCACACAGCCAGCUCAAGUCUCUCUCCUGCCCCCUGCAGAGCCAGCAAAGCCAGCACAGGCUCGAUCUUCAGGAGAGCGGUCCCAGGAGACCAAGGUCCCUAUCAGUCUAGUGCUAAGAUUAAGGAAUUCCAAAAAAGAACUAAAUGAUAUUCGAUUUGAAUUUACUCCUGGGAGAGAUACAGCAGAGGGUGUUUCUCAGGAGCUCAUUUCUGCUGGCCUGGUCGACGGAAGGGAUUUAGUGAUAGUGGCAGCUAAUUUGCAGAAAAUUGUGGAAGAACCUCAGUCAAAUCGAUCUGUCACUUUCAAACUGGUAUUCACCCUCUUCCUUCUCUGCAGACCAGCCGUUCCGUUCCCCAAAGCCGAGACUGUAGCAUAUGCUGAGGCAGCGGGGCGGUGGGCGCACACGCCUGUAUCCCAGCAUUUGGGAAGCAGAGACAGGUGGCUGAGUUUGAGGCCAGCCUGGUCUACACAGCAUCUGGUGUUGAAGGCUCGGAUAUUCCUGAUGAUGGCAAACUGAUAGGAUUUGCCCAGCUCAGCAUCAGCUAAACCACAGCCCCGGAAGAGUCAGCCUAGGAGACGCCACACAUGCACAUGUCUGUUGCUUCUGUUGGCCUGAACCUACAACUGCCAAAGAACCCAGCAAGGAACCUCCCAGCUCGGAGCUUUAGUUUUUCUCUUUGUUUUUCUUGCCUCCGCCCUUCUGCCCCCCUUUUCCUACAAGGAAAGAAAAGUUGGAUCACCUGUGGCCAGCAUCCCCUCAGAGAGUUCCGUUGGUAGACACGUUGCUCAUGUGCCCUCUCCCUCCACGUGAGAGGCAGAAGUGGCCAGUGUGCCUCGAGGCCCAGGAUGGAAGUCUCUCAGCUCAUUCUUGCCUUACUAAGUUGUUGGCCCCAGUGGAUCGAGCAGCCGCACUGGGCAGCCUCAUCUUGCCUGCUCUCCCACACCUGCUGGGACAUGAGCAUCUUGGGAUAACUCUCUAACACUCAAGUAGCAAUUAAAAGUUGAUUGUUCAGCUGGAGCCCAGAGAAUUUAAUUACUUUUUUUUUUCUUUGUACCUGGUGUGAAUUCUAGCAACCUUUGUUAGAAAAAAAGCACAGCCUCGAAUGGAGGCAGCCUAAACUCUUGUCUGUCUCCUUCAUGGUGUCUCUUACAUGUUUUGCUGAGCUGUUCUCAGGCUGUUCUCAGGCACCCCCUUCACUGCUCCCUCCAGAAAGGGUUGCUAGCCUUAACUUCAGCUGGUGCGAAACAUCUGACUGUCGUCAGACUUCAGCCAUCUCCUUCAGAGUGCACCUUUGGAUCGUUUACGCAGAAAACAUCAAGCAAUGGCUUAUAAAUCUUAUCUUGCCAGAGGUAGUUUUUGAACAAGAAGAGAACUUUGUAAAUCUUAUCAUUGGGAAAGUAUUUUCGAUAUUUAAAAAAAUUAAACUGAAGAAAAACUGAUCUUUGACCCUCCUAUGAAGAUGGAUUUGCCUGGCCUCUAAGUCAUGAGGAAAUGGUGUACACCGCUGAGAGUUUUACAGCAAUAAAGGAGACUCACACGAGGCUAGAGGCCUGCCUCUGCUCCUCUCUCGCACUGACUCUGCAGGGCUUCUUCAUUCGCUCAACUGCCCAAGACGGAACCUGAAGCCACCCGUGCUGUAACCUUAGGCUCAUGAGUAGACGGUGUUCAUUUGAUGUUCUAGAAAUUAUGUGACUUAUUCUUUAGGGUAAAAAGUGAGCUCAAUGCAAUAUGGUUAUAAUCAGUGAAGUUGGCUUUUCUUUUUUCCUAUCGUUAAAUAGCAUUUGUCUAAUUGCUAAUAAGCCUACCAAGUUACCAGAUUGUAUAUGAGAGUGGAAUAGUCAAGUCUGGCCUUAAAGAGACAAAGAUGGGCUGUGAGCCCCUAGAGUGGGACUAGUUCGUUGCCUUUUAUAGAAUUCCUUGCACCCGCCAUUGUUGGUUUGAUGAACAAGAUUAGUACCCAGUUUGUUUCCACCCUCACCCCACCUCACCCAGUUGAGGAUCACAGUGCUGCUCCUAUGAGCAGCUCCGUUGACUUUUUUCUUGGAACACACCUGAGAGCUUUCCCCAUCUCUGACUUGUGCCACCUCAUGUUUCAUUCAUACUGAGCCUAUAGUUUCAGUCAUGGACUUUCAUACUGCAGAGUGCAAAGGCAUGUUGGGAAAGGUGUUGGAGAGGAAGAGAAGAUGGAUUUGAGAAGGGAAUUGAGAGAAUAGAGAGUCCAAGGUCCCAGCAGGUUGGUAAAAGGAGGAACCUGUUGAGCUAGGAGGGAGAAAAAAGAUUGAGCAGCUAGUUGGAAACCAUUUUUUUUCUUUCUUCUUUCCCCACUUGUUAGAGGUAGGGUUGUGAGGAAGCAAAGAAGGGGAGGUGGGAUGGAGUCUAGGAAGCAGGCAGUGUUGCCUUUGGCAGAAGGCUCAUGGCCUGCUGUAGAAUUCAAUCUGGUUUCAGCAGCUUGACUUAAUUCACUUAAGGGCUCAGGAAGGAAUGGAUAUCACUGUUCUGGCUUUCGACUUAGGGGGUGCUCCAGUGCCAGGUUGGAAGUAAGCAGCAGCCUAUCUCUUGUUCUCUAGACCAUCAUCACCUUUGCCUUGCUGUGAGGGGACAGACAUGACAGUAAAAGUGGCCUGGGGCUCUUUUUCUGUUCAUGGUUUGCUUUUUUGGCAAGGAGGAGGUCGGCACUAAGACCCAGGACAAUGUUACUUCUCCGUGAUGUGUGGUGACUUCCUUCUGCUGGCUUAUGCAGUGAUGGCGAGAGAACCAGUCAGCGGCGGAAACUGCAGAGAUGGGACAGCUCAGAAGCCAGGGAGCUAGAGCAGAGCUUCCAGGGGACUCUGCCAUUAAGUCCUCAAGAUGCCCGUGUCCCUGGAGUAGGGACUGACUAUAGCACAAGAUAGUGUGUGCCAAUAUAGCCAAGAGAAUGUGUGAAAUAGUCUUUCUAAAUGAUAAAGGCAUCAUUUGGGUUGGUUCUUGUUUUUUGUGUUUUCCCUUCUGUUUUCAACCAAAUCCUAGAGCCAGCUGAGACUGAUACGUAACCUGAAGGCUAACACAAGAAUGAACCAGGAAUGUCAGUUCCUCCUUGGGAGGUUUGCUGGGUGGUGAAAGAUGUAAAAUAUUACCUUCUCCCUCUUCUCUUGACUUGUAUUUUACUGCAUGUUUUUUUUUUUCAUUUUUAAUCAAUAAAGAGUAAAUUGUCCUUAA